GAUAAAACCGCUCGAGAGCCGGCACUGUGAACAGUGCAGUAUUGCACAGCUCGGAAGGGAAGACGCUGCUCCUGUCUGGUGCCUGUGAGUGCAGACAGCUGUGUGCACCGAAACCCCACACGCUGCUCCAGUCAGCGUGUGUCUCUUUGCUUUCAGCACUGCACAGCGCGGGCAGGGUUUCCAACAGGACGAGGGAGAAGCAGCUCCCGUUUGUUCUUUUAACCAGGCACGCCCAUUGGAAGGAAGUUGGGUAAAUCCUUGGGUCUGGGAUACUGGCCAACAAUAGAUGAUUCAGAGUCAAGGACCAGUCUCGGAAAGGGCCUGGGCCCGAUACUCUUAGCCAGCAGGACAUGCUGAAAGCUGUAAGAGGAGGCUAAAAUAGGCGAUCUCCGGAGCUGUGCAGCAUAUCAAGGCUAGGACAGAAACUCUUGGGAACUCCUUGGGACCGUAUUCCCACAAGGAAGAGCCCCAGAAGACAGAGAGAGCGUGCAAGGGAAAAUAAGGAACUACUGCAUCCAAAGCGAUAGCCUGUAGCCGGUUCAGGACCCAACUUCCAGCAGGUGCAGCUCUGUUCUAAGACUAGAGGAGAGGCAGUGCUGGGGAAUAUACUGCAGGGCAUGACCCUGCCCUGGCCGGGCUGGGGUGCAGCAGGUGGCCCAGUAGGGCCAUUCCAUCUCUAGGGUCUUUGAUGCUGUCUGGCUAGCCCUUCUCUGCUGGCUUCUGGCUGAGGAAGGAAAGUCCCAGAGCUCCACACUCGGGUUCGUGGCCAACAGCAAAGGCAGGAAAAAGGAACAAGGGAAGGAGGGAUAAAGAAACUCCUCUGAGAAUGUCCGACCAGGAGAUCGAGGACUUUGAAGUGGACAAUCUGUCUGACACGUCCCGGAUGAUCCCCGGCCUCCCUCCUUACGACAUGGACGACCAGCUUCUACCCCUGGAGCCCCGGAGCACCUGCUGCUGCUGGGCUUGGACCCUGCUGAUCGUCGCCACGAACUCGCUGGUCUUCCUCGUGAACUUGCUCCUGGUGGUCACCAUCUUUGCCGUCGUGCUGCUGCCGACGAUCGUGGUGGUGUACUUCGGCUUCCAGUGCCACUCCCGGGUGCUGCACUCCUCCGCCUACUACUGCAAAACCAUCCUGGACGACAACAGCUCCUCUGCCCUCAUCAUCCUUGGCUUCGUCAUCAUGUCCCCGCUCAUCGUGGUGGCCAUGGCCGUCUACUGCAGCCUGGCGCGGCGCCUCCGCCUCUUCCAAUGCUUCCAGCCCUACGCUAGGGCCAUCUACAAAGGGGUGAAGUGGCGCUGGUAUGAGGAGGGAGGGCUGUGCAGCUGUACCAAGGAGUGGAGCACUCAAGUAAAGGCCUGGGUAUGAGCUGGCUGCACCAGCUCCCCCAGCCCCAUCCCCCCAAUACAUCCCCCUUGGCACCUGCAAAGUCACCAUCUGGCGUCCUGGUAGGCAUAGGCUCUCAGAGUCCUUCGGGAUAGAGGAAUGAGCUGGGUCUGGAAUGAACCCCUCUCCUGUAGCGGUACCUAAGUCUGUAACCCUCAGCAGGUUCUCCCCAUUGUGAUGGAAAGGCACCAAAGCAUAUGGACAAAAGUGUGUCAAAGGGGCUCGCCCUCCUGCUACUUACGCAGGGCCAAUCACGUCCCUGCUGGUACAGAAGAGACAGGACUCGCUGACUUAGAAAUGGGGAUGCUUCAUUGAGGCUGCUGGACACAGACAGGCCCUGUGGUUCUCCCUGGCUCCCAACUUUGUGCGGCUUGGCAUCAGAACACGGGAUCUCCUUACGUCCUGGACUAGACUGCGCAGUGAUGGAAGGGGCUGCUGGCGGCGCUACAGGCCCCAGGGAAAAGUAGCUGUGUGGUUAAAAAGCUGCAUCCUUUGUCCCAGAGAAGUGGCCCCCUGUAAAAUACACAUUCAGCCAGGAGGGGGUCCAUUGUGGCCCCCCCGCCUAGAAUCCUAUUGUGGCUGCACGGGUCUCUGGCCCCGCAAAUGAACCUGUGAGUCUGGGCCUAUACGACACUCAGGAGUUGUCACCUUGUUGCACUGUGACUAUGUCCGUCCCGCUGUGCACAGCUGCUCUCGUAGCAGGUUAUAAUGGUGACUGUGUUCCUUUUGUGAUUAGUGGGGACCGGGUGGCUUGGGGAAUCUCAACCGGGCUGUGGGUACCUUCCCCCCAGGGUGCUGGCCUGAACCCUGCCUGCUUUGAUGCUGGUUAUUGAAAUCUGAUGGCCAUGCCAUGGCCUGCUAGACAUUGGGUAUUGUCCAGUGAAGUGUUUCCCAGACAGUGAGUCCCAACCCGCCACUAGAUGAGUUAUGGACCUGGUGCAGAGGGAGGGCUUGGGGGUGGGAGUGGGGAUGUGGAAAGCAAGCCCACCUCACACUCACCCCGCAGUGCCUGGGACUGGCUCCCCGCUCUGGGCAUUGAUGGUGGGGCAGCUGGGUCAAACCUGAGUGGCGCUGCGACCUGGCGGAUAGGGUUGCAGUGCCCGGAGCAGGGAGCUGGGCCCAGCCCUGCAGGGUAGCAGCCGUUGCUGCAGGGUGAGGGCAGGCAGGGCUCACUCUCCGCCCCCCACCAGCCUGGGGCCUCCCCUCCGCAUCCGGCCGGGAUUCAGUUUGGGAGACUGAGGGACAGGGGUUGCUGCGGGUGAUCUGUGCCCCCUUGGGGGAGAGGGGGGAGACAGCGGCAGUGGUGGAGGACCCUGGCCUGUGAUUUUGGGCCCCUCCCAUGAAUCUGGGCCUUUUGUAAACAUAAUGGUGGGUCUGAAAAACAGACAAAACGCAGUUGGCGGGUCACUGUAGUAAAACGUUUGGGAACCACUUGUCUAGUGGACAGGGCUUGGCAGUCAAAAGCCACUCCGGCAGCUGGCACUCGCUGACCCAUCUCGUGCCCGGUCUCCACAGACAGGCCAAGGGUUGAAUGGGCCACAGAGACGACAUUCCCCGCCCCAGCGCAGAGCUGAGGCACAUCGCAGGGCAGUGCAAGGGACGCGGCCCUCACUGCUAUCCAGGAUGCACCUAUAGACACAAGGGGUUUCAUUCUUCGGGGCUCUCCGGCCAGCACCUUUCUCCGGUAGUUUGGAGGGGUUUGUUUCUGGGGGAGGGAGCCACACAAUCUAAACCUAUCGAAGCAAGAGAUCCAGUCUGGGUUCCCAUCCUCACCCGGCACCGUAGAACUCACAGAGGGCCUGCUCCGUUGCCCAGCAACGUCAAUGAGAGUCUCUCCCUUGACUUCAGCUGGCUUUGGACCAGGCCUGAGGAGGGCCUUUCCGAGCUGGAUGCCAUUGACCACUGGAAGCUGUGUAUCCCCAGUCGCCGUUGUUCUUCUGUCCACUGUAACCGCUUCAAUUGCUGAUGUGUAAAUAAACCCCAUGCUGGGGACUCCGCCAUGGGGGCCGCUCUGCAUUCGCUGUCUGAGCACUGGCGGUCCACCCUGUUCAUGUGUGAUGCCCAUUGUAAUGUGACCGGGCCAUUGGAGCCCCUCGCUGUAUAUUAAAGACUAAUUUGUGUA